GGAAGCGGCGAGGGCGGCGGGCGUCCGGCUCUGAGGAGGUGGUGGUGGUGGCGGCGGAGGCGGCUCCGGACUGGGCUCGGCUGGGAGCGAGCGAGGGUCGGGGGCGCCGGGUCGAGCGCGGAUUCCCCGGCUCGACCAUCCUCCCGCCGCCCGGACGCCUGGGCCGCGGAGUUUGUGUCCCGGCUCGGACCCCGGCGCCCAGCCCGGAGCCGUAACCUUGAGGCGGCGGCGGCGGGGCCGGGCCGGGCCGGGCCGGGGGGCGGCGGCGCUGGAUCCGCGGCUGCCCGAUCGUUGGCGGGAGAUGUCGAACCCCGGGACGCGCAGGAACGGCUCCAGCAUCAAGAUCCGUCUGACAGUGUUAUGUGCCAAGAACCUUGCAAAGAAAGAUUUCUUCAGACUCCCCGACCCCUUUGCAAAGAUUGUGGUGGAUGGAUCUGGGCAGUGCCACUCAACGGACACUGUGAAAAACACAUUGGACCCAAAAUGGAACCAGCACUAUGAUCUAUAUGUUGGGAAAACUGAUUCCAUAACCAUCAGCGUGUGGAACCACAAGAAGAUUCACAAGAAGCAGGGAGCUGGCUUUCUGGGCUGUGCGCGGCUGCUUUCCAACGCCAUCAGCAGAUUAAAAGAUACUGGAUACCAGCGUUUGGAUCUAUGCAAACUAACUCCCUCAGAUACUGAUGCAGUUCGUGGCCAAAUAGUGGUCAGUUUACAGACACGAGACAGAAUAGGCACUGGAGGGUCUGUGGUAGACUGCCGAGGACUGUUAGAGAAUGAAGGAACUGUGUAUGAAGACUCAGGACCUGGAAGGCCUCUCAGCUGCUUCAUGGAGGAGCCAGCCCCUUACACAGACAGUACUGGUGCUGCGGCUGGGGGAGGGGACUGCAGGUUUGUGGAAUCCCCAAGUCAAGAUCAAAGGCUCCAGGCACAGCGACUUCGAAAUCCUGAGGUCCGGGGGUCACUACAGACACCUCAGAACCGUCCCCACGGCCACCAGUCGCCAGAACUGCCCGAAGGCUAUGAGCAAAGGACAACGGUGCAGGGGCAAGUUUACUUUUUGCACACACAGACUGGAGUUAGCACGUGGCACGACCCCAGGAUACCAAGUCCCUUGGGGACCAUUCCUGGGGGAGAUGAAGCUUUUCUAUGCGAUUUCCUUCUACAAGGCCAUACAUCUGAGCCCAGAGACCUUAACAGCGUGAACUGUGAUGAACUCGGACCACUGCCACCAGGCUGGGAAGUCAGAAGUACAGUCUCGGGGAGAAUAUAUUUUGUAGAUCAUAAUAACCGAACAACCCAGUUUACAGACCCAAGGUUACAUCACAUCAUGAAUCACCAGUGCCAACUAAAGGAGCCCAGCCAGCCGCUGCCAUUGCCCAGCGAGGGCUCGGUGGAGGAUGAGGAGCUUCCCGCCCAGAGAUACGAGAGGGAUUUAGUCCAGAAGCUGAAGGUCCUCAGACACGAGCUUUCGCUUCAGCAACCCCAAGCUGGUCAUUGCCGCAUCGAAGUGUCCAGAGAAGAAAUAUUUGAGGAGUCUUAUCGCCAGAUCAUGAAGAUGCGGCCAAAGGAUCUGAAGAAGCGACUGAUGGUCAAGUUCCGGGGAGAAGAAGGUUUGGAUUAUGGCGGAGUGGCCAGGGAGUGGCUCUAUUUAUUGUGCCAUGAAAUGUUGAAUCCGUAUUAUGGACUCUUCCAGUAUUCUACGGACAACAUUUACAUGUUGCAAAUCAACCCGGAUUCUUCGAUCAACCCCGACCAUCUGUCUUAUUUCCAUUUUGUGGGUCGGAUCAUGGGUCUCGCCGUAUUCCACGGACACUACAUAAACGGGGGCUUUACGGUUCCCUUCUAUAAGCAGCUACUGGGGAAACCCAUCCAGCUCUCUGAUUUGGAGUCGGUGGACCCAGAACUCCAUAAGAGCUUAGUGUGGAUUCUAGAGAACGAUAUCACCCCUGUGCUAGACCACACUUUCUGUGUGGAACACAAUGCUUUCGGGAGGAUUCUUCAGCAUGAACUGAAACCCAAUGGCCGCAACGUUCCUGUCACAGAGGACAACAAGAAAGAAUAUGUCCGGUUGUAUGUAAAUUGGAGGUUCAUGCGGGGGAUUGAAGCCCAGUUCUUGGCUCUUCAGAAGGGGUUUAACGAACUCAUUCCUCAACACUUACUGAAGCCGUUUGACCAGAAGGAACUGGAGCUGAUCAUAGGCGGCCUGGAUAAGAUCGACGUGAGCGACUGGAAGUCCAACACUCGGCUGAAGCACUGUGUGGCCGACAGCAACAUCGUCCGCUGGUUCUGGCAGGCCGUGGAGACCUUCGAUGAGGAGAGGAGGGCCAGGCUGCUGCAGUUCGUGACCGGGUCCACUCGGGUCCCUCUCCAAGGCUUCAAGGCUUUGCAAGGUUCUACAGGCGCGGCAGGGCCCCGGCUCUUCACCAUCCACCUGAUCGACGCCAACACAGACAACCUUCCGAAGGCCCACACCUGCUUUAAUCGGAUCGACAUUCCACCUUACGAGUCGUACGAGAAGCUCUACGAGAAGCUGCUGACGGCCGUGGAGGAGACUUGCGGGUUUGCCGUGGAGUGAAGAGAGCAACCAAAGGCAACAGAUUCUAGCUCACGACCACCAGACCAAAAGCAAGCUUUCUGUGCGCCUCCUGCAAAGCUGGCUGAGGCCCGGUAACCCUAGAUGACCCGAGGGAAAGGGUUUUCUCCCCUCCUUUUCGUUGGGGGAGCGAGGGGGGUGGGGGGACUUUGGUUGGCGGCUCCCACCCAUAUUUUCCUCCUUUCUGACAGUGAUCCCCGCCCCCCCACCCUCCUUCCAUCGCCCAUCCAAUAAAAUGCAGCCAGGUUUAGCAUUUGGCUUCGGUCACACAGGAUACCCUGCAGCGACUGUAACCCACAUGGUUGGUGAUAGGCUCACUGCCCUGUGGUCUUUAUAGGAGGAUCGACCCACGAGUUCUGGAACUGAGCUUGGCUUACUGAGGGUUUGUAACCGGUAGCUCUUCUGUCUCCAGACAGUCCUGAGGUCCCUUUUCAAGUUCUGCAGCUCAAAUUCCAGUCACACCCUAGCAGUCUGCUCUGGGAAGCAGAUUAAUUUCUAACUGAAAAAUAACCGUAUUGUCCAUUGGAAUUCUGCCCCAGCAGGAAGCUUGCAUCCAAAAUGUGCUUCCCUUUUGGAAAAGUAAAGGAACUGGGGCAGCUUUUGCUGGAGGCCUGGGGUAUUUUUCAGGGGAUCCUGGCUGAAAAAACUUGUUUUGCAUAGAGAAAAAUGAUCUUCCUUUUAAGAGUCCCUUUUGCCACAUUAUCUAUCUAGCUUGAGAUAUUUUUCCAGUGAAAAUGCCACAUAACAGAGCUUAUAAAAGAACACACCAAACCAGCCUCAGAUCCAUGCAGCCAGUCCCGGGCUGCGGCUCCCCCACCACCUGUAUGUCGAGGAGGGUCGGCUGGGUCACUUGAAUACUAACCAAGUGUUGUGCGGAAGUUGCUAAGAGCUGAACUAACAGAAUUCUGCUGUUGUAGCUGCUGGCUUGGUGCAAAGUAGCCUCACAGGGAGAGAGGGAACGGGCCACCCCACUGACUUAAAUCCACCCUGAGUUACGGUUUUACGAAGAGUAGGGCAGGAACGCAAACCUGUCGGUGGAGGGGACCCUUCACCCUGGCUCAUUCUGCUCGUUUCCCGAGUGUCGGGUGGAGACGCGAACAUUCGCUACUACUCAGUUCGCUCGCCCAGACGUCCUCACGUGACGAGCAAGGCCAAAGCAAGCCUGGACCCUGAGUUUCCAACACCAUUUUCCAAUUUGCACAGAAGUUCAACAGUAUUUGAACAAGGUGGUUUGAUUUGCGAUGAACUUCCGUGAAGGGCAGCAGCCAAUCGUCCUGUUUGGUUUUUUGUUGUUUUGUUUGGUGGGGGGGCGGGGGGGCAAAUGCGGGGUAAUUCAUCAGGAAGACAUUUCACUGUUGGAAGUUUGCCGUUGGUUUCGGAGUUAAGCGUUGGGAUCCAGCUGCGGGUCUGAGGUGGGUCUGGAAGGCUUUCGGGUGACUCUUUUUGUCACGGAUACCUCCGGAGCUAGGUGAGUUUGGAGGCGAGCUCACCCUUGUGGGUCUUGCCGUGUGGUUCUUCGGCUUGCCCCGAAGCAUUCUGUGGCUGCCGUGUGGGAGCGCGGGAACCCCUGGGAGAUAGACCCUCCCUCGGAACAAGAAGUUCGCCUCGUUCGGUGGGCCGUGGGCUAGCGGCUGUGGGUUCCAAGAGCUGUGAGAGAGCGUGCGUCUGGCCAUUUACGGAGGAGGUGCCAGGGUAGAGAGGAUGUCAAGUGUGACUGCUGCAGAGGAGAGAUUAAAUCCGUUCAGGAAGUCCAGGCCGUAUCAUGGGCUUGGACUGUCAGAAGUUCUGCCUUGCCCCGGUCGGGCUUACCCCGAGUCUCGCUCGUUUACCAUUGUCCUUCAGAGGGCGUUCUAGAAGCUGGCUCCCCCUGACUCUCUAGUCCUCCCUCUUAACCUUCCUCUGCGAGAGUAAGGAAAUGUCGGCUAUGGCCCUUCCCCCACAGAGGCCUCCUCUCGAAGGUGCACCUCAACCCCCCAGUGUGAGGAGGAGACCUCCACGGAGAGCUGAGGGCACAUCCAGACCGAGCGGGGGAACCACGGAUUGUUCCUGUGGUUUGGCCCAGAGCUGCAGGAGUGAGCGGGGAGACGAGGGUCUAGCGGGACUGUGGCACGUGGCUCCUGUAAGACGAUCUUCCUGCUGUCGGGAGGAACAGUCCUUAGAACCCGUGCCUGCCAGCCCCACGCUGCCCGCGGGUGUCAGGCGCGUGCCCAGCACGCGGGACCGGCCUGGAAGCCGGGGCUUUCCUCCCUCAUCAGUCGUCCUUGUCAGCUGUGCAUUACAGUGGGGCCUGAAAGAGCAGAACUUUCCAGAGCCCUGGUUUACUCUCGCCAGACAGGCCCGUCAGUAGCAUUGCACUUCUAGAACCUUGGAUUAGGCCUUUUGAACCACGGAAAGAGCAGUGUGGCAGACAGUGGGUAAAAGCUCCCGAUGACUCCACUUUGGGUCCACGUGGACCCUGUUCCCACAAGCUCUCGUUUGUGGCCCUUGGUGAUCCCCAACACCCCCUGCCCCCGCCGUCCCCUUCCCACCCCUUGGCCCAGAUGCUUCAGGGGCCCGACUUGCAGGCUUGCCCUCACCAGCGGUCAUCAGCCGACCCUCAGGGAUGCAGCAAACCACCGCUCUGCCAGCGCUGUAGGAAGGAGAAACAAAGGGGCUGCUUGGGGGACACAGUCAGGGCAGCUCUCCCCGAGGGGAGACUCUGCCCGCCAGGAGUCCCGUGCUCCCCGAACUUGCUCGGCCGCGUGGUCCCAAUUCAGGUGAGGGGGUCCUCCACCCUGAGCUGUCAGGAGUGGCCUUCCGCAGAGAACCCGCCCCAUCCCCCCGGCCCUGUCCGCAGCCAGGCGCGUGCCGCACGGCAGCCUUCCCGAAACAUAGUAUGAAUUUUUAAAAUUUGUUUAUUUUUGUUUCUCAACCACUUUAUAAUGUAUUUUUUAAUUUAUUUUGUAAUGUCUUGUUUUUAAGUAUUGCUGCUAUCCUUGUUAUUCUUCCCACUGUUUUUAUUGCUGAUUUAUUUUGUGAAAAUUGUACACUAAUGUUCCGUUUUAUGUCAAAAUCAGAAGUAUUUAAAGAAAUACUAGUUCUAUUUAAUGUGGUUAUGGAACCAGCUGGAAACACAAAACAAACAGUGAUUGUACAGCAGGCUGGACCCAGGAGGUCAGGUUCAUUUUGUUACAUAUGCAAUAAACUCACGACUUUACAUUU